AUGAAGCAAACAAAAUUAAACCCCCCAUAUCGCAGCAUAAUAUUUUUCACAACGCUUUCGCAGCAUGGCUUGGACUGGGGUACAAUGCUGGAUUCUGGCGGUCGUACACCUCCCUCUCCUAAUCUAGGCCGUCAUCUUCUCGUCUCGCCUCCAACUCCCGGUUUACACCAAGCUGUGCGCUUAAGGAAUCUCGAUCCUGCAAAGUGGUCAAUUGUGAACUGGGGCGCAUCUUGGCGCGGGCAAGUCAACGCUGCGCAUGGCUUGCACAUUGGCUCGCAACACCGAGAGAAAUUUGUCUGUGCAUUUCAACGAUCCUGGGCUAGAGUCUGGGCGACGUUGGGCUUACAAGCUUUUUCAAUCUUCCAGUCGUGCAAACCUGCAUGUCUUGGCCGUUUGACCUUUCGCGUAACCGAUCCCAACAACUACCAGGGACCACGUUUGGCGACUGAAAUACUAAGCAUACCGCAGCAGAGCGAUCAAAUUAGGAAAUCCUCCAUAAUCCAUAGAUUACAUCGGCUUCUUUGCGAGUGCGCAUGA